CCACCGGGCGAUGCACCUGGGCAGGGCCUGGCCGCGGAUUGGACGGCUCGCGGGGUGACCCGGCUGUAUCGCGAGACGAGAUUGGCAGCGGCGGGGCCGCAUGUAACCGGGCGCUGGCUUUGUACGCGGAGCCGCCUGCCUGUCCUUUAACAAUGGGCGGCGCGAGCGCCCCGGCGCUGGGCCCUCGCUGAGGCCGGCGCUUCGCUGCCGACUGUCCUCAGCAUGAACCGGGCCGGCGCCCCCCGCAUGCCCGCGGCGGGGCUGGGGCUCUGAGGGCUGUGGUUCCGGGCUCGAGUGGUCGCGUGCGGCCGGGCCAGGCGCGCCGCCCGGGCCCAUGGAGCUGGAGGGCCAGUGGUGGCGGGGACAACUGGCUGCGGACAUUCACCAGGCGCUUCGGUACAAGGAGCUGAAGUUGCCCUCCUACAAAGGCCAGUCCCCUCAACUUAGUCUCCGAAGAUAUUUUGCUGACUUGAUUGCCAUCGUGAGCAAUCGCUUCACACUCUGCCCUUCUGCCCGACACCUUGCUGUCUAUUUGCUGGACCUGUUUAUGGAUCGGUAUGACAUCUCUAUCCAGCAGCUACACCUAGUUGCACUUUCAUGUCUGCUCCUAGCAAGUAAAUUUGAAGAGAAAGAAGACAGUGUGCCUAAGCUGGAGCAGCUCAAUAGCCUGGGUUGUAUGACUAAUAUGAAUCUAGUCUUAACAAAGCAGAAUUUGCUACAUAUGGAACUAUUAUUGUUAGAAACCUUUCAGUGGAACCUCUGCCUUCCAACAGCUGCCCAUUUCAUCGAGUACUAUCUCUCCGAAGCAGUACAUGAAACAGAUCUUCAUGAUGGCUGGCCGAUGAUUUGCUUGGAAAAAACUAAGCUCUACAUGGCCAAGUACGCAGAUUACUUCCUGGAAGUGUCUUUGCAAGAUUAUGCCUUUCUAAAUUAUGCACCUUCUUUAGUAGCUGCUGCAUGUGUGGCUUCUUCAAGGAUUAUACUUCGUCUUUCGCCAACGUGGCCUACAAGACUGCAUCGUCUUACUGCUUACUCCUGGGAUUUUUUAGUGCAGUGCAUUGAACGACUAUUAAUUGCUCAUGAUAAUGAUGUGAAGGAAGCAAACAAACAAAGAGGACAGGCGGGACCUCAACCAGCACAACUAAAUGUGUUCCAGACAAGCUCUCAGCCCUCACGGCCAGUUCACUUUCAGCAACCUCAGUAUCUCCAUCAGAUGCAGCAGACCUCCCUGCAGUAUCGCCAUCCUGUGUCAGAGCAGCCAGGCUGCCAGCAGAUUGUAUCUACCACACAUGCCUCAUCUUACACUUUACAAACAUGUCCUGCUGGCUUUCAAACUAGUGUUCCAGGUCUUGGGCACGUGCAGACUGGUGUUGGGAUGUCAUUGGCGAUACCAGUAGAAGUUAAACCCUGUUUAAAUGUUUCUUACAACAGGAGCUAUCAGAUAAAUGAACAUUACCCUUGCAUUACUCCAUGUUUUGAAAGGUGAUUAUAUGCAAACAUAUAACAUAUAACCCAGACUUACUGCGUCACUUAAAACUCUGGGACAAGUUUUUUUCUAAACUUUUCAAAAAGAAAGGGAUCCGGCAUCAGAGUUCUUCAGAUACCAGUAGCAAGAAGACUGAAUAUUUCUUUCAAUGCACGAUAUAUUCACGAGUGUUAUAAACCUCUAAGCAAACACUUCAGGGGUGUGUGUUUUAAAUCCUGUUACAACAAAUUUCCAUAUGACAAGAAAUUUCAAGCCCCCAGCUGAUGGUCCAAAUAUUUCAAAAAUACUCAACACAUCAGAAAAUUUGGACAGCAGGACUCUAAUAUGCUACUUUAAGAUUUGACCUGUGGUAGGCUCUGGGCCUAAUGUUGGCUUAUAUGUCAGAGACUAAUUUUUAUCUGUGGACUUGCCAGUCUUUUUAUGAAGGAAAGUUGCAGUAUUAUUAAUCUUUGAAGUUCUUUUUUUAUUCUGCAGUUUUCAGUUAUAUUUUUGAUCAACAAAUGAGUUUUUGACUAAGUUUAAACUUAUGAAUUCCUAUGCUAUACCAAUAUGUGCAGUAAAAAAAAAAAAAAAAAGAAUUUUAGAUGAUUCUCUAUCAUUUGCUAUCACAGAUAGUUUUGUUUUGGAAUCUGAAUUUAUGUACUAAAACGAAGGGUGUAUUAGAUCUCCUAAAAAUCAUGGUCCUAAGUUUUUGUUUUUUUCCCCCUAAAGUGAUCAACCUUAGAUCUUUAGAAUUUUAACUCAUUUAACUCAGGGAAUUUGUACUACUUGGAAAUACUUAACUAUAAUGCAACAAGCUUUGGGGAUGUUACAUGAACUACCUUUGUAACAUGGGUUCAAAUACUCCUCUUGUGUAUUUUCAAGCAAAAACAUACAUAUAGCUUAGAAUGAAUGACUUGCAUCCUAUCAUUCAUGAUACAUAUGUAGGUUUUGCAUUUCUCAGUGCAAUCAAUAACUGAUACUUUUUAAAAGGUCUUUUUUUUUUUUCCCAAGGGAAGGUAUAAAUGUCAAAUGUCAGUACUAGAUAGGAGUGGACUGUUUCCAGGGUAGCUCUCAGGUUGUGCUAGAGCCGCACUUUGUUAUCUGAAAGAGAAGACAGGUUUUAUAAGCAACCCUUGAAUCUAGUCAGGGUCAGCAAGCAAAGGUACUGACUACUAAAUCUCAGUAACCACUUUCAUUGGAUUGGCCCCAGACCGCUCCUGGGGUAUUUCACUAUAUUGGUAAUGAGUGGAGACAGCAAUAAUAGUCAGUAUAGCAAGGGAAUUUGAGGGUGAAGAGUUGGAAGACAUAAAAGUAAAAAAAAUCACUGUACUGAACUCUACAUUGUGCUCUUAUCUGUGGGGGAAGAGAGAUUUAUUGGAGGAAAGCUUUCUGAUUUAAAAAUUAGUGCUAGGUAUCUUUUUUUUUUCCUUUUAAGAUAGCACUUGAAUAGAAGGGAAACUGCAUGGCAGGUAUGUGGCUGCCACAAUAUGCAUUGAAAAACAAACCUUAUAAAAAUGUGGGUAUGCAGCAGGAGUCUCAGUAAUCAAGCCAAUGGCUAUUGUUUGGAAGGGGAGGGACUUAACGUAGUAAUGGACCUAUCUAGAUGACUCCAGUGAAUGAGUGUGGGGAGUGGGGGCUACUGCCAGUGUGAAUUCUUAAUUGAGAUGAAUUUAUUAGUCUGGUAGACAAAACAAAAAAAACCACUCAGGUAAGAACACUCACUCUUGGCAGUAUUCAAGCAUGCAAAUUGUGAAAGUACCAUCACUUUACAGAAGGCAGCUGAUAGGAUACUGGCCGUUCUUACCUCAAGAAAACUUGAAUUACCUGGGGGAAAUUUGGGUUCAAAAGAGAAGAUGUCUUUCACAAUAAGAACCCAGCAAGCUGGAGUCCAAUUUUCAGUAUUUUAACUACCUCAAUAAUACUAUGAAUGUAAGAGAACUGGGAUAGAGAUCCCGACUUGAAACAACUGGUGCCUAGAGUAAUUUAAUGUCUUGUCAAAUGCUUUUAUUGAUUGGUUUAAAUGUCAUUCAUGUUAAUAGAAGAAUAUGCCUUUAAAAAAGACUUAUUAAUAACACUUUCCCAAUUUAUAUUUUAAAAAGCUAAAGAACACUGGAUUAAUUUCUUUUGGGGGGGUAGAGUAAAAUAAUGAAUUGGUCAUUAUUGCUGCAUACCCAGGGUGGGGUGGGCAUGGGGUGGUUGGAAAACCAGAACUAAUUGUAACAUUAGAUUUCAAUAUUAAAGACAAUUCACAGUUGUUAGCUUGUUUGGGGGGCAGGGGUGGGGGGGGGGUUGUGUGGAUUCUCUUUUGUUUAAUUUAUUGAUUGGUUUUUAAAGUAGGUCUCUGUUUUGUUUUUGUUUACUGGACCAUCAUUUAAUGUGUACUGUGAAGAGUUAAUGAUAUGUAUAAUGGGCUUUACCAAAGUCCACUGAAUAAACACUACUCAAGUACAGACUGCAAACCAAAAUGCAUCUGUGUUAUGACAUUAAUUGCAAAUAGUAUGGUGCUAAAGUCUACACCAGUGGAAUUAGAUGAGUGCUAUGCACUUAAUUUUAAAAUAAAACUAGUUUUCA